GGGGUUAUCGGUCAAAUAUGGCCAUAUCAGAACUUGGGGCGGAGCAAGGAACAAAGCGAGAGACGAGAGACAAGGAACAGGACUCUUCCGAAAACAGUGUCGCUGGAACAGUUUUUGCCGCCUGUCGGCUCAGGAGGAGAAACGCUUUGGACAACGCGGGGGACUUUGUCGACGGUCCCUGGAUCCGCGGAAUGCUGUAAGGCUUCUCCUGCUCGGCUUCCGUACUUCCGGAAGUCGCCAUGGCGACGGUCAGGUCGCGCCCCGCCCUUUCCUUGGUUGCUAGGAGACGCGGAAGACGCGGGAAAAAGGGUUGGACGUUCAAAGAUAAAACAAAACAUCAGGGCCUCUCCCUGGCUUACAAAAUGUCUGCCAUGAACCCAGGCUUCAGUAUGCUGCCCAGGAGCCUGAUCAGCAGUUUAAAGAACCCGGAUUAUAGCCCAUGGCAAAGAAAAGAAACGACUAAGAAACAAACGUUUCGGCUACCGAUCUCUUUAUCAGAACCGAAGAAGGAAGGAAAAAAGAGGGCCCCACAGAAGUCAAAAGACAGAUCAGUGAGUGGAAAAACUCCUGUUUUUGGCUUGAAAAUGCCCAUGAGACAGAAGCCCCAUUUGCCUCAAGUCAUGACCAAGGAAAUGAUAAUGGGAGAGAGCUUGGACAACAUCAAGAUUAUGCAGCGAAUUGCCAAGAGCCGGAGAAGCAGCUUGGACAAACUGAAGCAUCAUUCCAACGUUCUCCUGAAGAAGAACCAGGAGCUGGUGGAGAAAAUCAAGGAAAUGGAUGCCGACACUGCCAGGCAGGCCAGAGAUCUCCUUCAGCAGCAUGACAUGUUUGGGACAAUCCUCACAACCCUUGUAGACUCAAGUGAAAAUCAAGUUGGCAGAGCGAAAAGGGAACUCCUGGAAAAAGAGAAAAUGGUGGAAAAGAAUAUGGGAAAAUUAGAUAUGGAGAUGACACGCACUAAUGCAAAAGUGCAAGCCCUUCAAGAUGAGCUCAACGUCUUGCGAUCAUACAUGGACAAGGAAUAUCCAGUAAAAGCAGUCCAGAUUGCAUCCCUGAUGCGGAGCAUCCGGAACUUGAAUGAAGAGCAACAGGAUGAAUUAGAUGAUGUUGAGGAUCUUUCUCAACGGUUCCUGGAGACCUUAGCAGAGAAAGCCUUUGAGGAGCAAGAGCACGUUUAUCAGAGCAUUGCAGAGAAGAAGCUGAGGCAGUACCAGGAUGGCCUGGAACAGAUGAGCAGGAACAAUCUAGAGCUGAAAAGACAAAUUGCAGGACAAAAGGAGGCAAGAAUUGCAAUUAUUGGUGAGUUGGUGAAAGAAAUCAAGGAAUUGCACCGGAGCAUUAUUAAACUUCACCACUCCAUCGGGGAUCCGCGGGAUGUGAUAUUUGCUGAUGUCCUCCUCCGCAGGCCCAAGUGCACUCCAGAUAUGGAUGUUGUUCUCAACAUCCCCACCGAUGAGGAUUUCCCUCUCUAGUCGUUGGAAAGUGGUUGAGAUAAAGUGCCUUGAAAACAUGGAUACAACCUUGGAGACCAGAGUGUGCCAGUUUCUCAUCUGCUUUGCUGCUCCGUAAUGGAAAUUGGCACCCUGUGCCUUAUGCCUGACUGACAUAUUAACCUCCCAGCUAAGACUUAUUGACUUGGCUUUUCCCUACAGUGUUUCAGAAUUAGCUUCUAUUAAAAACCGAUCUCUCAGAUUAAA